AUGGAGAAAACAGCUUUGAUAUUCAUUGGUAUUCUACUUUUUUCAGCAUGUACACCGAUUCUGGCACGUAAGUGUAAGAAGAACUCCGAUUGUGCUUCAGUCACAUGUCCAUCCGCACCACCCGUUUGUUUUUAUGGUGAUUGUGAAUGCCCUCCUGACCACAAUAGGGCAUUACCUGAUGAUACCAACUGUGGUGUGGCUGCUUGCAGCGACUAUUGCAAGGCAAAAGGAGAAGUACCUUUUGCUUGUCUUUUGAACCAUUGUUACUGUCGCAAACCUCCUAUGUAG